AUGGUUGCGCAGGGCUACAUCGUCGAUCUAAAGAAGCCGCUCGUCUUCCAGGUUAGCUUGGUGAAUAUAAUUUAAUUAAACUACCUCGUCUUGCAGAAAAAUCUGACUGAAAUCUUCUACCAGGUCGGCCAUCUCGGGGAAGCCUACCAGGAAUGGGUUCACCAGCCCAUCGUCAGCAAGGAAGGCCCUCGCUUCUUCCAGAGCGAUUUCUGGGAGGUACUCCUCUAUGCUCCCACAGAUUCCGAACUCAUCUUUGUAUCUCCAGAGAGAGAGAGAGAGAGGAAUCUGACUGGAUGGAGUGGGUGCAGUUCUUGACGAGGACGGUGUGGUGGGCGGUUCCGACGAUCUGGCUCCCAGUGGUGUGCUGGUCUGUGUCGAGGUCAAUGGCGAUGGGCCACACAGCAGCGGAGAUAGCGGCCAUGGUGGUCUUCGGGAUAUUCAUCUGGACCCUGAUGGAGUACACUCUACACCGCUUCCUCUUCCACAUUAAGACGAAGACCUACUGGUGGGGCAGCUACCCGACUUUCUCUCUCUCUCAUCAGUUGACCUUUUUCCUCUGAGCUCUCUCUCUCAUCAGUUUCUCGCUCCUCCUGCGCAGGGCGAACACAGCGCACUACCUGCUCCACGGGUGCCACCACAAGCACCCCAUGGACGGGCUGCGGCUCGUCUUCCCCCCUGCCGCCACCGCCAUUCUCUGCGUCCCGGUACGCCUUAAAAGUCAACGGUAGUGAGACGGAUCCUUCCUUCUCCACCUAGAUCCAUGAUUAUUGUUGUUGUUUCAGUUCUUCAACAUCAUCAAAGUCUUCGCCACGCCUUCGACUACUCCCGCCCUCUUUGGAGGCGGGCUGCUGGGUUAUGUGCUCUACGACUGCACUCACUACUACCUGCAUCACGGUCAACCAUCUAAGGAUCCAGCGCGCAACCUCAAGGUUUCUUUAUUUUUUCCCCCUCACCGGGUCAGCUAUUUCUGACUCAUCGAAUACCAUACGAAUUCAAUCAAUGAUGAGUCAAAGUUUGGUGUUUGUUGAACAGCGGUAUCAUCUGAACCAUCACUUCAGGAUCCAAGACAAGGGCUUCGGGAUCACCUCCUCGCUGUGGGACAGGGUUUUCGGGACGCUCCCCCCCGCCAAGGAAUCCUUACGGAAAAGAUGA